UCUCACGUGCUUAUCAAUGGAACUUGCCGUAACUAGACUUCUCGGACAGCCCAUGGAAAUUUCAGCCCUUCCUGGUCGCUUGAUUCUACUGUACAAAAUUCAAACCGGCAACAAACAAUUCACGAUGCUACGAUGGCGUGGAAUGAAUGAUGCAGUAUUGAUGGCGUAUCAACUGAAUGAAUGAUUGCAAGUUCCCUCUCAUACACACACACGCGCGCAUAUAUAUGUACAAGAUGGACCCACCGGGAUCCUUUCGAGUGGUGCUUCUAUUGUGCAGCGUUGCCGUUUGCUUGGCUCAGAUAACGGAGCAGCUUGUAUGGACAAAUAACGUAGGCAAGCCGGAGACGACAUUGGGUGGGAAAAACCAUGAUCGAACUACAACUGCAGAUGCUCGCGACCCGCCUGGACUUGAACCCUGGGCUGUGGUUUUCAUCGUCGCAGUAGCCAUCAUCUUCGUGUUCGGAAUGACUGCUCUUUUAAUCUAUGCCUACUUCAAGGAUAGAGCGGAAGGAAAGCUAACAUUUGGGCGUACUACGCGAAACAUUCUUCGGUGGCGCGGAGGUGCAUCAACGAGGAUCUGGCGCGGAAGCACGGUCCCGGUGGCCCAUUUCCCUGCAUACGUCUUACAGAUGAGAAAGGACAAUAAAGGUGGCUUCAGCGCCCAGUUUAAGGAGGUACAAGACGUGAGCCCUCUCUUCCCAACUCAAGUGGCUGAGCUCAAUAUUAACAAACCGAAGAAUAGAUACCAACACAUUGGUCUGCCAUUUGACAAUUCAAGAGUGCAACUGAUUCCACUAACCACUGAACCAGGUUCCGACUACAUCAAUGCCAGCUUCAUUCCUGGCUGUGAGUCCGGAUGUGAGUAUGUGGCUGCUCAGGGGCCCCUCGAGAAUACAGUGAAUGACUUCUGGCGACUCAUCUGGGAGCAGCAGAUAGCUGUCAUCGUCAUGUUGACUCGGGUGGAGGAGGACGGCUGGAAAAAAUGUGAGCGGUACUGGCCGGAGGAAGGUGUGGAAGAAAACAUGGGCGGCUUCCAGGUUAGCCUUGUGUCGGAGAAGCAGACAAACAAAUCAAUCAUCACCAGAGUCUUCCAGAUGGAAAAGGAGUCACAGGAGGCUGAUGAGUCACACGUGCACAUGGUGCACAGCCUACAGCUGCUGAGCUGGGAAGAGCUGACGAAGCCAGCCUGCCCCGACAGCGUGCUGGCCCUCGUCGAUGAGCUGCAGCAGAUACGCGUGUCAGCGCUCAGUGAUGCGGAGAGACAGAAGCCCGUACUCGUACAUGGCAGUGCUGGGGUUGGAAGAACAGGUGCAUUCAUAGCCAUAGAUCGACUUUUGACAACCGCCGAACACAGUAAGACAUUGGACGUGUUCAAGACCGUCAUGGAAUUGCGCAUUCAUCGACAACGCAUGGUUCAGACAGAGGAGCAAUACAUCUUCAUUCACGAGUGUAUCAGAGAGAAAAUGCUUCAGAGAAGCAACAUAGUUUCGAUUUCCGACGAGGAGAGCGUAGCAACCACUUCCAAGUCACAUAGCGUCGUUACUUUGCCGAGGAAUCUGGAAGUUGACAGCAACAGUAACGAGCUGACGUUUGUACACGGCAAAUCAGUCACGCUACCAAGCGUCGGCAGAGCAAAUGCAUCGUCUCGCACGAAUGCUGCCGGCGCUGAUACGCGACCGGAGAAGUGGUCGUCGAUAGAUCUGCAGGACGCGCCUGCGGAACCCGAGCCCGCCGCCGCGCACCUCACGAUGUCUCAAACGUUGAGCGUCGAGGUCUUCAAAAUGCUUAACUUCGGCAGUAAAAUCAGUCGAGACAAAGACGCACGCCGCACGAAAGCGACGACUGCGGGCGGUUUAAAUGCAGCGGCGAGGGCCGAUGCUCCGACGACAACGAGCACCUCUGUGAAAGAGCAUACGUACAGUGGCGCCUCUAGCGAGGCUGACGAAACACGCAGACGCCCCGAUGCCACUGAUGGCAGCCUUCACAAAACUGCUGACAGUAAUCCAAGCGUGUAUGCGCAGAGAGAUUCGGGAUAUGUCGAGGGAAUGACUAACCGAUACGAGGGAGAAACACCGUUAGAAGCGAAUCAGCAACUGUGUCGUCGGUCGCCGAGUUAUCAGACCUUGGACGUAGCCGUGAACGAACACACGGAUACAAACUGGUGGUCAACUCAAAACAUGUAUUCUGCUAACGAUGACAUUGACGUUUGAUUAUAACAGAAUACAUAACGUUAAAUAACGUACUGCUGAUCACAUGAUACCGACGGUAGAUAAAUAGCUAGUUUAUGUCAUGAUGCUCACCAUGAAUUAUCAUGAAUAAAACUAAAUAACAGUUGGGCAGUCAUCUUUAUUUAGAUGCCUAAUGCCUCGUUCGCUAACUUUAUAGCUUAAUGACAUCGUGUGCUAAGCACGUUGAACCUAUAUGGGAUUGUGCAGUGGACCUACAUCCCUUAGAGCCGGCCCAGGCCUUCGCUGCAUACAUGUCUAAAUUCGUUCUUUACCGUUAAAUAAUAAUUAAUGUCUUUAUUUGGAGAUACGAAAAAACAGAGCGAUGUAAUUAGUCUGUUUUGUAUAGAAACACUAUUUGUCACUUAUAUAAAUAUACAUAUUAGAGGAUAUAUGUUAAAAAUAAAUGUGUAUUGUAAAAGUGUA